AUGGACUUGAAAAGUUUAUUUUUUGUAUUAUUUAUUAUUGUAACUGUUACAGCUCAUAAAAAAAGUUACAAAGGUUACAAAGUCUAUAAUGUGAUUCCAAAUACGAAAGAUAAAGUGAAUGUCUUAAAAGACGUAGAAAGUAAUGGCAUUGGAGAAUUUUGGAUGGAACCAUACAAUGUUAACCAUGCAGUUAAAGUAAUGGUUGCUAAAGAAAAACAAAGCAUUUUUCUUGAACAAAUGGAAAAAACUGGAAUUGAAACUGUAGAAGUUAUUAAGGAUUUGCAAAAUGUUAUAGACAACCAACAAAAGCCUGCCACAACUUCUCGUUCCAACGAAGCUUUUCAUUCAAUGACGUGGAAUGAAUACCACAAUCUUGAUGAAAUUAAUGCCUGGCUUGACGAACUUGUUGAAAACUAUCCAGACAUUGUCACUGAAGUUAGUAUGGGAGUCUCCGUCGAAAACAGAGACAUCAAAGGAAUCAAAAUCAACUAUAAUCCAAAUAACAACUAUAUUGGAAUGUUAGAAGGAACUCUUCAUGCGCGGGAAUGGAUUAGUCCAGCUGUCGUUACUUGGAUUAUCAAAGAGUUUUUGACAAGCAAUGACCCAGAAAUCAGAGCAUUGGCUGAAAACUUUGAAUGGCAUAUCUUUCCUGUUGUCAAUCCAGAUGGUUAUGAGUAUAGCUUUACAGAUGACAGAAUGUGGAGAAAGAACAGAAAUACAAUGUACAAUACAACUUGUCCUGGAACAACCAAUGACGACAUGAGUAAUGGUGUUGACCUAAACAGGAAUUUUGGAUUCAAGUGGAUGACUGUUGGUGCUUCUGACAAUCCUUGUACGAACACCUUUGCAGGACCUCAGGCAUUCUCCGAGAUAGAAUCGCGUAACAUUGCGCAAUAUGUUCUAAAUCUGCAAUCACAAGGCGAAAUUAUCUACUACAUCGCCUUUCAUUCUUUCACUCAACUUAUUGUUAUUCCUUAUAGUCACGUUGAUAGCGCAGGCUUGUUGGAGGCUGAAAACUAUGGUGACAUGUUCGAGAUUGGUAUACGUGCUGCAGAAAAAGCGAAGGAACGUUUUGGAACAGAAUACAGGGUUGGUGCAUCAGUUGACGUAUUAUAUCCAAUGAGCGGAACAAGUUUUGACUGGGUGAAACAUGAAGUUGGAGUCCCCUUUACGUGCCUCAUCGAGCUUAGGGACCUUGGACAAUACGGUUUCCUUCUACCGCAAGAACAAAUUAUCCCCAAUAGUUUAGAAAUCAUGGACUUCAUGUUAGAAAUGGACAGGGUGACCAAGAACUUGAAAUAUUAUAAUGAUGCUUCAUUUAUUAAUCAUUCUAUUUUCGUUAUUUCUUUUGCUGUAUAUAUUGCAAGAUUGUUAUGAUUGUGUAAUUUAGCGAUACAUUAAUAUUACAUGUAUAAGUGACCUAUUUUGUUCACAAUAUAUAAUUA